CGCCUGUGCGGUGCAUUCCCCUCGUAGGGUCUGUGGGAUAAUGGAGGUGUGUGCCUGUGUUGUGCGCUUUCCCUCGUAGGGGCCAUCGGAUGAUGGAGCUGUGCGCCUGUGUUUUGCAUUCCCCCUGUAGGGUCCAUCGGCUGAUGGAACUGCGUGCCCAUGUUGUGUGUUCCCCUCGUAGGGUCCAUCGCAUGAUGGAGCUUUGUGCCUGUGUGGUGCGUUCCCCUCCGUAGGGUCCGUCGGAUGAUGGAGCUGUGCACCUGUGUUGUGCGCUUCCCCUCGUAGGGUCUGUCGGAUGAUGGAGCUGUGCACCUGUGUUGUGCGCUUCCCCUCUUAGAGUCCGUCAGAUGAUGGAGCUGUGUGCCUGUGUUGUGUGCUUUCCCUCGUAGGGUCUGUUGGAUGAUGGAGCUGUGUGCCUGUGUUGUGUGCUUUCCCUCGUAGGGUCUGUCGGAUGAUGGAGCUGUGUGCCUGUGUUGUGUGCUUCCCCUCGUAGGGUCCAUUGGAUGAUGGACCUGUGUGCCUGUGUGUGUGUUUCCCCCCGUAGGGUCUGUCUGACGAUGGAGCUGUGCGCCUGUGUUGUGUGCUUCCCCUUGUAGGGUCCGUCGGACGAUGGACCUGUGUGCCUGUGUUGUGUGCUUCCCCCCAUAGGGUCUGUCGGAUGAUGGAGCUGUGCACCUGUGUUGUGCGCUUCCCCUCGUAGGGUCCGUCGGACAAUGGAGCUGUGCGCCUGUGUGGAGCGAGAGCUGGACAAAGUGCUGCACAAGUUCCUGAGCUAUGGGGAGCACUGUGAGCAGAGCCUGGAGGAGCUGCUCUGUUACGUGAGCCAACUGCGCCAGGAGCUCGGCAGCACAGCCCUGCAGGGGGCACCGCUCUCUGCCACGCUCUCCCUGGUGAUGGCCCAGUGCUGUCGGAAGAUCAAAGACACGGUGCAGAAACUGGCCUCGGACCAUAAAGAUAUUCACAGCAGUGUCUCCAGGGUGGGCAAAGCCAUUGAUAGGAACUUCGAUGCCGAACUCUGCAGCGUGGUCUCGGAUUCGGUCUGGGAGUCGCGGGAGAAGCAGCAGCAGAUUCUGCAGAUGGCGAUUGUGGAGCACUUGUACCAGCAGGGCAUGCUGAGUGUGGCGGAGGAGCUCUCCCAGGAGUCCACCCUGAAUGUGGACUUGGACUUCAAGCAGCCGUUCUUGGAGCUGAACCGGAUCCUGGAAGCGCUGCAUGAGCAGGACCUGCGUCCUGCUCUGGACUGGGCAAUCUCAAACAGGCAGCGUCUGCUGGAGCUGAACAGCUCCCUGGAAUUCAAGCUGCAUCGUCUCCACUUCAUCCGGCUCCUGGCUGGCGGCCCUGACAAGCAGCUGGAGGCCCUGAGCUAUGCUCGCCACUUCCAGCCCUUUGGCCGCCUGCACCAGCGAGAGAUCCAGGUCAUGAUGGGCAGCCUGGUGUACCUGCCCCUGGGCAUUGAGAACUCCCCGUACUGCCACCUUCUGGAUGCCCGGCACUGGACAGAGAUCUGUGAGGCCUUCACCCGCGACGCCUGUGCCCUGCUGGGGCUCUCGGUGGAAUCCCCUCUCAGUGUCAGCUUCGCAUCUGGAUGUGUGGCGCUGCCCGUGCUGAUGAACAUCAAGGCAGUGAUUGAGCAGAGACAGUGCACGGGUGUCUGGGGCCACAGGGAUGAGCUGCCUAUUGAAAUUGAGCUGGGCAUGAAGUGCUGGUACCACUCAGUGUUCGCCUGCCCCAUCCUUCGCCAGCAGACGACCGACUCCAAUCCGCCUAUCAAACUCAUCUGUGGGCACGUCAUCUCCCGGGACGCGCUCAACAAGCUUAUCAAUGGGGGCAAGCUGAAGUGUCCCUACUGCCCCAUGGAGCAGAACCCGGCUGAUGGGAAGCCCAUCAUCUUCUGACGCUGGUGGGGUUGGAAGAGCUGUGGCAACAGGUCACUGCUCUUUCCCUUAGACAGCCUGUCCCACCCUCGCAGUGCGAGAGGCGGUGGUGCUGCCCACGGCAGGGCCUGGACUGCCUUUUAGGCUGAGGGUCUGAGAGCAGCUGUGUCCACUGCAGCCCCACUGGGGUCCCUUCCUUCUGCCAAAGUAGUGCAAGGUUCAGAGCAGUGGGACCUGAGCCUGAGCCACCCUCCGAGAAAGGAGCUGAAAUGGCAGAGCGGCAGCGUGAUGUGCUUGCUGCUGUGAGCUCUGGGAGGCUGUGCUGCCUCAGUGUGUGCUCUCCUAGUGAUCUGGCUUCUGCUCACUCUGCACUCCCACUCUCCGGGCAGCAUCUGUCUGCUCAGUAAUAGGCAGAGCCCAUCUUGGCCUUGAGCAUGGCUACUGGAGCAUUUCCUAGCCGUCUGCCAGGGCUGUACAGUCCCUUGGGCAUUUACCGAUACUUUUUGCAUUGUAAAUAUUAAAGCAGGAGCUGCCUGGAGCCCUUUUAUAAAUUCCAGAAAAUAAAACCUGUUAGCCUUUC